AACAGUAAACGCACUUUACGCGCCCACAUCCCGUUUACCUUUCCAUCCUCUCGUUCCUAUUUUCGCGCCUUCGCAACGCACACCUUCUCUGCGUCUCUUUCACCUUUCUCCUUUGCAUCUCUUUCACAACACAAUCCCUGAGAAAAGUCUCGUAUUCCCACGCGCCGAUCCCAUGCAAUGUCCUCGCUCCGUCACCGCAGUCCUCCUGGGCCGAACCGGUCCAACCGGGCACAAGAACCGGACGAGGAGCCCUACAACAUCAUCCCCAUUCACAACCUCUUAGCCGACCACCCCUCACUACGGUAUCCUGAGGUGCGCGCUGCCGUUAAUGCUUUGCGCACCGUCGGGAACCUCCGGAAGCCACCUUAUGCCGAAUGGCAUCCUUCUAUGGACCUCCUGGACUGGCUUGCUCUUUUCUUUGGAUUUCAGAAGGACAACGUCCGGAACCAGCGGGAGCAUAUUGUCCUUCACCUUGCUAAUGCCCAGAUGCGCCUUACUCCGCCUCCUGACAAUAUUGAUACUCUCGACGGCACUGUGCUGCGGAGGUUCCGUCGGAAGUUGCUAAAAAACUACACUAACUGGUGCUCUUAUCUCAAUAAGAAGUCCAACAUCUGGAUUUCUGACAGUUCAAGUACUGAUGUCCGCCGCGAGCUAUUGUAUAUAUCUUUAUAUCUCUUAAUCUGGGGCGAGGCGGCUAAUCUCCGUUUCUUGCCUGAAUGUAUCUGUUACAUUUUUCACAAUAUAGCCAUGGAAUUGAACAAGAUACUCGAGGAUUACAUCGAUGAGAGCACAGGGCAGCCGGUGAUGCCUUCGUUUUCCGGUGAUAACGCGUUUCUCAAUAGCGUUGUUAAGCCUAUUUAUGAGACGAUCAAAGCGGAGGUGGAGAGCAGCAAGAAUGGAACGGUGCCACAUAGCGCUUGGAGGAAUUAUGAUGAUUUAAACGAGUACUUUUGGACGAAAAGGUGUUUUGACAAGUUGAAGUGGCCAAUAGAUGUAGGGAGUAAUUUCUUCGUGAUUUCUGGUAAGCAGAAGCACGUAGGGAAGACGGGGUUUGUGGAGCAGAGGUCGUUUUGGAAUUUGUUAAGAAGUUUCGAUAGGCUAUGGCUUAUGCUGAUACUGUUUCUGCAGUUCUCGAUUAUUGUCGCCUGGGAAGGGAAGACGUAUCCAUGGCAGGCAUUGGAAGACCGAAGUGUUCAGGUUCGGGUUUUGACUCUGUUCUUUACUUGGAGCGGGUUGCGGUUCUUGCAGUCUUUGCUUGAUGCAGUGAUGCAGUAUAGUUUGGUUUCCAGGGAGACAAUGUGGCUUGGGGUUAGAAUGUUUUUGAAAAGUGUGGUUGCCGCUGGGUGGAUUAUUGUGUUUGGGGUGUUCUAUGGGAGAGUUUGGAGACAAAAGAACAGUGAUGGCCGGUGGUCUGUUGAGGCUAAUAAGAGGAUAGUCAAUUUUCUUGAGGUGGCAUUGGUGUUUGUCUUGCCCGAGUUGUUGGCACUGGCUUUGUUUAUAAUCCCAUGGGUUAGGAAUUUUCUUGAGAAUACCGAUUGGAGAAUCUUUUACUUGCUGUCAUGGUGGUUUCAGAGUAGGAGUUUCGUUGGUCGUGGAUUGAGGGAGGGGCUUUUUGAUAAUAUCAAGUAUACUUUGUUUUGGGUUAUGGUUUUAGCUACCAAAUUUGCUUUCAGUUACUUUUUGCAGAUUAAACCCAUGAUUAAGCCAUCUAGGCAGUUGUUGAAUCUCAAGGAUGUGAACUACAGGUGGCAUGAGCUUUUCAGUAACAGCAAUAGAUUUGCAGUAGGGCUGUUAUGGCUUCCUGUGGUAUUGAUUUACCUGAUGGAUUUGCAGAUAUGGUACUCCAUUUAUUCCUCAUUUGUAGGUGCUGCAGUGGGCUUAUUUGCGCAUUUGGGUGAAAUCAGAAACAUCCAACAAUUAAGGUUGAGAUUUCAGUUCUUUGCAAGUGCAAUUCAGUUUAAUCUCAUGCCAGAAGAGCAGCUAUUAAAUGCAAGAGGGGUUCUGAAGAGCAAGUUGAAGGAUGCAAUUCAUAGGUUGAAGUUGAGGUAUGGGCUUGGCCGACCUUAUAGGAAGUUGGAGCCUAACCAGGUUGAGGCAAACAAGUUUGCUUUGAUCUGGAAUGAGAUUAUAAUGACCUUCAGAGAAGAGGACAUUAUCUCUGAUCAGGAACUUGAACUGUUGGAACUGCCAGAAAAUUCCUGGAAUGUGAGAGUUAUUCGCUGGCCAUGUUUUCUCCUUUGCAAUGAACUGCUACUUGCUCUUAGCCAGGCCAAAGAGUUGGUAGAUGCUCCUGAUAAAUGGCUUUGGUAUAAGAUAUGCAAGAAUGAGUACAGGCGCUGUGCUGUUAUAGAGGCUUAUGAUAGUAUUAAGCACUUGUUGCUUGAGACCAUCAAAAUCAACACGGAAGAGCAUUCAAUUAUCACAGUCUUGUUUCAGGAAAUUGAUCACUCAUUGCAGAUUGAGAAGCUUACUAAGACUUUCAACAUGAUUGCUCUUCCUCAUUUCCAUACUAAGUUGAUAAAACUUCUUGAGCUAUUGAAUAAGCCUAAGAAAGAUCUGAUCCAGGUGGUGAAUACACUACAGGCUUUGUAUGAAAUUGCUGUGCAAGAUUUUUUAAAAGAGAAGAGGAGCACAGAACAGUUGAGGGAGGAUGGUUUGGCUCCUCGUGAUCCUGCUGCCAUGUCAGGGCUGCUUUUUCAGAAUGCAGUUGAACUGCCUGAUGCCAGUCAUGAAACCUUCUAUCGACAGGUACGGCGCUUGCACACAAUUCUUACGUCUAGGGACUCAAUGCAAAAUACACCCAAAAAUCCUGAGGCCAGACGUAGAAUUGCCUUUUUUAGUAAUUCCCUGUUUAUGAAAAUGCCCCAUGCUCCCCAAGUUGAGAAAAUGAUGGCUUUUAGUGUCUUGACCCCGUAUUACAAUGAAGAAGUGCUGUACAGCAGAGAACAGCUUCGAACUGAGAAUGAAGAUGGGAUUUCCAUAAUAUACUAUUUGCAAACAAUUUAUGCUGAUGAAUGGAAGAACUUUAUUGAAAGGAUGCGGAGAGAAGGAAUGGUGAAGGAAGAUGAGCUAUGGACAAGCAGGUUGAGGGAUCUUAGGCUUUGGGCAUCUUACAGAGGGCAGACACUGGCACGUACUAUAAGGGGAAUGAUGUAUUAUUACCGUGCGCUUAAGAUGCUGGCUUUUCUUGAUUUUGCCUCGGAGGAGGACUUCAGGGAGGGUUCACAAGAACUUGGUUCAAUGACGCGAGAUGGUGGUUCAGAUAGCUUUAAUUCUGAAAAAUCUCCUUUCAAUGGUUUAAGCACGAAGUGUAGUUCGGUCAGUUUUUCGUUUAAAGGCCAUGAAUAUGGUACUGCUUUGAUGAAAUACACAUAUGUUGUUGCCUGCCAGAUUUAUGGGACUCAAAAGGCCAAGAAGGAUGCCCAUGCUGAUGAAAUAUUUUAUUUGAUGAAAACUAAUGAGGCCCUUCGAGUUGCCUAUGUUGAUGAGGUGAAUGCCUUGAGGGAUGAGAAGGAGUAUUACUCUGUACUUGUCAAGUAUGAUAAGCAGUUGGACAAGGAAGUUGAAAUUUACAGGGUCAAGUUGCCUGGCCCCUUGAAACUUGGAGAGGGAAAACCAGAGAAUCAAAAUCAUGCUCUCAUUUUUACUCGGGGUGAUGCAGUGCAGACUAUUGAUAUGAACCAAGACAACUAUUUCGAGGAGGCUCUCAAAAUGAGAAAUCUUUUGGAAGAAUACAGGCACUACCAUGGAAUUCGAAGGCCUACUAUCUUGGGAGUCAGGGAACACAUUUUUACUGGUUCUGUUUCAUCACUGGCAUGGUUUAUGUCAGCUCAAGAAACAAGUUUUGUCACCUUGGGACAGCGUGUUCUGGCAAAUCCUUUGAAAGUUCGAAUGCAUUAUGGCCAUCCAGAUGUCUUUGACAGGUUUUGGUUCUUCACUCGUGGUGGCAUCAGUAAAGCUUCCAGGGUUAUUAACAUUAGUGAAGACAUUUUUGCUGGCUUUAACUGCACUUUGCGAGGAGGCAAUGUCACACACCAUGAAUACAUACAAGUUGGUAAGGGAAGAGAUGUUGGGUUGAAUCAAGUUUCCAUGUUUGAAGCCAAGGUUGCCAGUGGAAAUGGUGAGCAAGUUCUUAGCAGAGAUGUCUAUAGGUUGGGUCAUAGAUUGGAUUUCUUCCGGAUGCUGUCCUUCUUUUAUACUACUGUGGGAUUCUAUUUCAACACAAUGAUGGUCAUUCUGACAGUAUAUGCAUUUCUAUGGGGCCGGCUCUAUUUGGCUCUUAGUGGUAUUGAGGCUUCUGCCAUGGCCAGUAACAGCAGCAACAAUAAAGCAGUUGCUGCUAUUUUGAAUCAGCAGUUCAUCAUCCAACUUGGCCUUUUCACUGCUCUUCCAAUGAUAGUAGAGAACUCUCUUGAGCUUGGGUUCCUCCAAGCUAUCUGGGAGUUCUUACUGAUGCAACUUCAGCUCUCAUCUAUUUUCUACACAUUCUCCAUGGGAACUAAAACUCACUUCUUUGGUCGAACUAUCCUUCAUGGAGGUGCAAAAUAUCGGGCAACUGGUCGCGGUUUUGUUGUGCAACACAAGGGUUUUCCAGAGAAUUAUAGACUCUAUGCUCGUAGCCAUUUUGUGAAGGCGAUUGAGCUUGGGUUGAUACUCAUUGUUUAUGCCUCACACAGCAGUAUAGCCAAGGACACAUUUGUUUACAUAGCCAUGACCAUCUCUAGUUGGUUCUUGGUUGUAUCGUGGAUCAUGGCUCCAUUUGUUUUCAAUCCGUCUGGCUUUGAUUGGUUGAAGACAGUGUAUGAUUUUGAUGAUUUUAUGAACUGGAUUUGGUACAAAGGUGGCGUGUUUGUAAAAGCCGAACAGAGUUGGGAAAGAUGGUGGUAUGAGGAGCAGGAUCAUUUAAGGACAACUGGGCUUUGGGGAAAGCUACUGGAGAUAGUUUUGGACCUCCGUUUCUUCUUUUUCCAAUAUGGCAUUGUCUACCAGUUAGGCAUUGCAGACAACAAUACCAGCAUUACUGUUUACUUUCUGUCUUGGAUUUAUGUUGUUGUUGCUUUUGCAAUUUCUUGGGUGAUAACAUAUGCUAGGGAAAAGUAUGCAGCAAGAGAACAUAUAUACUAUCGUCUCAUCCAGUUUCUUGUCAUUACGUUCGGAAUAGUUGUGAUAGUAGCCUUGCUUGAGUUCACACAUUUCACAUUUAUGGAUAUAUUCACCAGUUUGCUGGCUUUUAUCCCCACAGGAUGGGGCAUGUUAUUGAUUUCCCAAGUACUUCGCCCCUGUCUGCAGUCCACUCCACUUUGGGGGGCAGUGGUUUCCUUGGCUCGCCUCUAUGACAUAAUGUUUGGAGUGAUUGUUAUGGCCCCUGUGGCAUUUCUUUCAUGGAUGCCUGGAUUCCAAUCAAUGCAGACAAGGAUCCUAUUCAAUGAGGCAUUUAGUAUGGGCCUCAGAAUCUUCCAAAUUGCCUCUGGAAAAAAAUCUAAGGUCGAUGUGUGAUUUGGGGUGACCUUAUUUCCUUGAGGACUGAUGAAAACAUGGUGCCUAGCUUUGGUUGUUAAUAAGGCCUGUGUGGUAAAAGCUUUGACAUCAGGAUGCCAGAUUUUCUUUCAAUUCUUCUGCAUAAGCCUGACAUGGGUAUAUAUGGAUUCAAUAAAAAAUCAUGUACAAGGGAGUAUAUAUUUUGCUGGUAUUGCAUUCAGGGAUUCAUCUUUCGUUGAUGUUGUAACCGGUGAGAUUCCUCUUGUCCUCCACUAAUGUUUUUUUGGGGGACUUUUCUGGUUAUAUAUAUUGCUUCUUAACAUUCCACAUUUUUGAAAGAACACCACUUGUACUUAGCUUCGAUUUCCUUAUCAUGUCUACUUACUGUAGCAUAGAGAGACAAAAAAAUGAUGAUAUGGAAAUUGGCUGACACCUUCUAUGCCUUCUCCUCCUGCUUUUUUCCUGCCUUGUUCUCACUUCCUUGAAAACUACUUUAUUUUUCUUUGGUUCUAUGCUUGUUUGUCUUUGUGGUUUGAGGACCAAAAAUGCAUUUUGGGAAAAAAAGCACAAUUAUAAAUGCUGUUAAAGAAACAGUUUAGGAAAAGCUGUUUUGUAAUUUUAGUAUUCUUAUGACCUUAACUAAUAUAUUUUAAAAGCGUUUUUCUCAAUAGUAGUUUUAACAGUAAUUUCAAACAGAUCUAAUUUGAGGAUGAGCUAUGAGUCCAAAAGUCCACAAGUGCAACACGUGUUUGGUCAAAUUUAUACUUAUUUGACUCAGCUGGUUGAAACUAUAUUGGAUAUUCGGCUUUGGAUAUGCAUGUACUGAUGAACUGGAUGAUACUAGUUGCAUGACUCUCAUAUUCAAGGGGGGAUUGGUUUACAAUCUCUAUCUGGAUAAAUACAUUAAAUCUGAGUUACAAAUCAAAAAGUGAAAUGAACAGUAUCUGAUUUUGACUAGUUUUGACUGUUGAAACAAUUUUAUCCUUCCUAAUGGUUGCUCAGAAAUGCAGAAAUCUGUCCAAUUUUGCUUGUUUGUUUCCUUUGCUUCCUGCUACAGCUUUUGUGCGCCCAUGUAAGUGUUAAAUUUUCCUUAAACGCUCUGUGUCGGAUGCUUUUUGACUUUUCAUGGCCUUGCUGCUCCGUUCUUCACAUUCUUUCUAUACUCACCUAACCUUUAAAAAUGCUAAAGUGUGGUCUUUUGCAAGUGGUGCUCUACUCUCCGUUGUCUUCCAAUUUACUGUUUGAGAUCUCUGAUGAAGAUACGCAUGGAUAGGAUUAGAUUUAGUUAGAUUUGCCUCCACUACCUGCUAAUUCUUCCUAAAGAAAAAUAUCUUGCAGCAUCAAAUUGUUAUUCCAUCAUAAACACUAUGUUCAUCAGUGUCCUUAGACUCUGAUGGUACCAAAUUGGCUGCCAGAGGUUGCCCACAGCCGAUGUGCAUUCAGGUGGGCCUCCAUUAUCUGCUAGUUCUUCCUAAAGAAAAAUAUCUUACAGCACCAAAUUGUUAUUCCAUCAUAACCACUAUGUUCAUCAGUGUCCUUAGACUCUGAUGGUACCAAAUGGGCUGCCAGAGGUUGCCCACAGCCGAUGUGCAUUCAGGUGGGCCUCCACUAUCAGCUAAUUCUUCCUAAAGAAAAAUAUCUUACAGCACCAAAUUGUUAUUCCAUCGUAACCACUAUGUUCAUCAGUGUCCUUAGACUCUGAUGGUACCAAAUUGGCUGCCAGAGGUUGCCCACAGCCAAUGUGCAUUCAGAUGGGUUUACCGCUUCACUUGAAGACCCGUCGCACACAGCCAAUGAUGCAUUCAGAGGGUUUGCUGCUCGACUUGAAGAGCCUUCAGGGGAUUGAAGCUCAGGCUUGGUGACGAUGCAGUAGAGAAGGCUGCUUCUCCCCCUGUUAGUUAUGUACAUCGAGAGACCGCAGAAUGAGCUUGGGGCCUGUAAUAUCCAUACCCUAGCCUCUGUUCUCUGCAGUGAUGAAGCUGCAAGAGAAGCUCUGGUGUGCAGCUACAAGACCGCUGCAAGAGAUUUCUCAGCCAAGCUAACCCUCGAGCAAGGCUUUAGGUCAUGUUUUUGUUACAUUGCUUCUAUGGAGUUCUUACAUCUCUUGGAUGACGGAAAAGCAGGUUGGUUAUGAUUCUUUUCUUGGGUUCUUAAUGGUAUGAUAUUUCCUGUCAUGCUGUUUUAAAUAACGGCGCUUAUGUAAUGGAAAAUGGGAGUCGUUACAUGUUACCCUAUUAGUUAAAGGGUCUCCCUAAUUUGCAUGCAUAAUGGCUGUUAUCCAACGAUAAGUAAGGUAAUAGCUGUUACCAAUAAUUCAAUCUUUUUUUACAUACCAAAUAUAAUGUAUUUUCAGAUUCCAUUGAGAUCCAGCAAUUCAAGUGUUAUUUUCUUUCAAAAUUUCUGUUUCUUCUCUCAAACAACUCAUUUUUUUUUUCUACAUAGCUAUUAUCUGUUAUUUUCCUCUUUGAUAGUAUGUUUUUGUUUUCAUUUUUCUUUAAUAAAUUUUUGCUUAUUUAUUAAGAGGAAAUAUGAAUACCAACAGUUAAGUGAUCAUAGCUUAUUUGAUAAUGCCUAUACAGUUGUUAGCUUAUUUCAGAAAUGCAAUGGACAAAGCUUUUAGCUUUUUGGCAGACUGCAGUAAAUAUAGCCCUGUGCAAUCGGUCGGUUCGGUUCCGAACCGAACCGAACCGAACCGAUAAAACCGAAAACCGAUUUGUUGAAAAUUUUAAAACCGAA